CUCUGCUCAACUCACAAGCCAGCAACCUGUGAUAGCUGUAGCGUCGUCAAAUCUAGCAGUAGCACAGGACGUCUGGAUCACUGAUCAAGACGGGUACAGGGGGGCAGCAUGGGUGCUUUGAUGGUCAUCUUUUCGCUUCAGAAAGAUCAAAGGCGCAAAAGGACAGACAGCGUGGAGGAUGAGUUGGAGCUUUCAGCCGUCCGCCAUCGCCCCGAGGGCCUGGAGCAACUWGAGGCCCUGACUCGCUUCAACCGCAAGGAGCUGCAGAUCCUCUACCGAGGCUUCAAGAACGAGUGCCCUAGUGGCGUGGUCAAUGAYGACACCUUCAAAGUCAUCUACUCCCAGUUCUUCCCACAGGGAGACGCGUCGAUGUAUGCACAUUUUCUGUUCAACGCGUUUGACACGGAUAAAGAUGGAUCUGUGAGUUUUGAGGACUUUGURAUGGGCCUCUCUAUCCUCCUCCGAGGCUCAGUCCAGGAGAAGCUCAACUGGGCGUUCAAUCUGUAUGAUAUUAAUAAGGAUGGAUAUAUUACUAAAGAGGAAAUGCUUGACAUCAUGAAGGCCAUCUAUYACAUGAUGGGGAAAUGCACAUAUCCCCUACUCAAAGACGAUACCCCUCGACAACACGUGGAGAUAUUUUUUCAGAAGAUGGAUAAAAAUAAGGAUGGUGUUGUAACCAUAGACGAGUUUAUUGACUGCUGCCAAAAUGAUGAGAACAUCAUGAGGUCGAUGCAGCUCUUUGAAAACGUAAUUUAACUCUUGGCUGACCUGGAGAGCUCUGGACUCGACUAUCAACAGACACCAACCAACAACCGGCAUACAGUGGACCACACAAUGGACCACACAAAUCAUACAUGUAAUGGUAUGAAACAUUCUGGAAUAACUGUAAAAAAMAAUUGAUCUUUACAAUCUUUCCUUUUCAAUUUGAGUUUUGUGGUUUYAUUAAGUAGAUUGAACRCUURAAAUCUCCUGUGUACAAAAMACACAUAUCUUAACAGCUGUGCUGCAGUCACCAUUUACAGUAUCUGCAGUACAAGAAUCCAGCAAACUGGGUCAUCACUAUUUAACAGACACAAAAUCAUGAACCCCGCCUAUUUCUAAGAUGUAUCUUCUUAAAAUUGUAUUCCAAACCUUAACCCUGAUUUUAAACCAAACGUUAAAUUAAAACCAAAAAGCACAUUUUUGCUUUCAUGAAUUUUUGCCAAUUUUGCAUUUGUGCCUGUGUUAUCUAGUGGAAACCAGCAAAAUGUGUUAUCUUAUGCCACUGCCUUUGAACAGAUGGACAACAAUGAGUCUGAAAGGUGAAAGUUUGUAUGAUGAAUAGUGACAUAACUGUGUGCCGAAAUCAGGCUCAGAAUUCCAGAAUGUUCCUAACCACUGAGGUUUUUCAGCCACCACGGUCCAUCCUUUGCUCUCCCAGCACCCAAGUAAAAUAGACUUAACAUUGUACCAUUUUUAAAAAAGUGUAUAUAGUCUAAGAAUCUAUGUGGAACUUUCAACUUUGUUCAUGCUUACUUGCCAACUAAAAUGAGACGAUGCACUCCACGUUGAAUUCGAUGACGAGUCUGGACAGUGAAAAGUAUCAUUAGAAGCACACAGGUAGCUGUUACUUACAUUGAGUAUGUGAUUAGGAGAAACAAUUAUCUUGCCACAAGYUUAUGCUGCUUUUAAAUGUACUGUAUUUUAUUUGACUGUACYUGUCUGUAUUGCCCCAUGUGUCCUGUUGACAUGUUUUCAUUCAUGUUUCAAAUAACAAUUUUGCAGGUUACACUGGUUUGUUGGAUUUUAAUUAUAUAGAUAUGAUAUAUGGUAGAUAUGCUAGUCAAUGUACAAAGGGAUAGUCAGGUGGACAGUAUUAAGCAGAAGCUCACUCUUGGGGGGAAUUUAUGGUCUUUUUGAAUAUGCAUGUUUAUCACUGUCCUUUGCAGAGGGUCACUGGGGUGAAGCUAUACAAGCAAAUURGAAUCUGUCAUCCGUUGGUUUUGAGAGGUAGAUCUGUUGAAACAACCCCUAUCCCCAACUGUCUAGACAAUAAAAAAAUAAAAAAUAAUUUCACUAGGCAAGUCAGUUAAGAUGAUGGCCUAGGAACAGUGG